CACUGGUUAAUUAACCACAACUUAACAAUGGCUUCUCGUUUUCUUCCCGUUUUGAUCUUCAUCAUCGUUGUGGCUCAGUGUGGUGCCUGCAUUGCUAGCCGGAUUAGCUUGGGCUCAAGAUUGUUAGCUAAAGACGAUCAGGCUUAUUGGUUGUCUGACAAUGAAACUUUCGCUUUUGGGUUCUCCCCGGCGGGGAGUUCGCGCGACCGGUUUCAGCUCACAAUUUGGUUCGCACAGCUCCCCGGAGACCGGACGUUUGUCUGGUCCCCUAACAUAAACGCCCCAGUCAGCAGAGAUGCAAUCCUGGAGUUCGACGACGGCGGCAGCCUCACCCUCGUGGACGGCGGCGCCACCGUCUGGUCUUCAAACACCUCCAACGCCGGGGUCGAGGCGGCGGACAUGUCAGAAACAGGAAACCUCGUUCUACUCGCCGCGAACCGAAGCGUUGCUUGGCAGAGCUUUUCGCAUCCAUCUGAUACGCUUUUGCCGGGGCAGCCAUUGAAGGUCUCCAUGGAGCUCAUCUCUUCCGUUUCCCCUUCUCGCGGUGGAUAUUAUACUCUGAAAAUGUUGCAGCAGCCGACUUCUUUGAGCCUCGCGUUGACCUACAAUGUGCCGGAAACCUACGAUUCCUCGCCGGAAUUUUACUCGAAUUAUUCGUAUUGGUCGGGGCCGGAUAUUUCGAACGUGACGGGGGAUGUGAUUGCGGUUUUGGAUGAAAAGGGGAGCUUCGGGAUCGUGUACGGAUCCUCUUCGGACGGGGCGGUUUAUGUGCACAAGAAUGAUGGAGACGUUAACGGCGGAUUAUUCUCCGCCGUUAACCAAUCCGUUAGGCCAUCCGUUCUGCGGCGAUUAAUUCUAGAGACUAACGGGAAUUUAAGGCUGUACAGAUGGGAUAACGACGUUAACGGGUCGAGCCAAUGGGUUUCGGAGUGGGCGGCGGUUUCAAAUCCCUGCGAUAUCGGCGGAAUUUGCGGAAACGGAAUCUGCACUCUAGACAGAACCAAAACGAACGCUUCGUGUAAAUGCUUGCCGGGGAGCAAUGCGGAGGUCGGAACUGACGUUCAGUGUUACGGGAACUCUUCCCUGACCGGAAAAUGCGAUCGCCGGCACGAAAACCUGACGGAUCAGUUCAAGAUCGCGACGGUCCAGCAGACGAAUUACUACUUCUCGGAGAGAUCAGUGAUAGCGAAUUACAGUGACACACAGACAUUAACCAAAUGCGGGGAUGCCUGCUUGUCUGAUUGUGAAUGCAUUGCUUCUGUUUAUGGGCUGAGCGAAGAAAAGGCUUACUGUUGGCUGCUCAGGAGCCUGGAAUUUGGUGGAUUUGCCGACCCUGGCGCGACGCUGUUCGUGAAAGUGGAGGGCAAUGGUUCAUUCCCGGGAGGAAACAGUGCGAGGAAACCCGGGGAUUCAUCGGAUAAGAGCAGUCGUCAUGACAAGGUUUUAGUGCUUCCAAUUGUGUUGAGCAUGACUCUCCUCAUUGGACUCCUAUGUUGUCUGCUGUACAUCAACAUUCAUAGGAAGAGAUCAUUGAAGAGGGCCCUGGAAAGCUCAGCCAUUCUGUCUGGAGCUCCCAUAAGCUUCGCUUAUCGCGACUUGCAAUGCAGGACCAACAAUUUCUCUCAUUUGCUUGGAACAGGUGGUUUUGGCAGUGUAUUCAGGGGAAGCCUGGGAGAUGGAACAUUGAUUGCAGUGAAGAAGCUUGACAAAGUUUUGCCUCAUGGUGAGAAGGAAUUCAUAACUGAGGUGAACACCAUUGGUUCCAUGCAUCACGUGAACCUGGUUCGCCUUUGUGGAUACUGUUCUGAAGGGACAAGAAGGCUUUUGGUUUAUGAAUUCAUGAAGAAUGGGUCGCUAGACAAGUGGAUUUUUACUUCAUAUACUAACAGAGAUAGGCUGUUAGAUUGGUCGACUCGGUUUGGUGUAGCGCUUGGGACGGCACAAGGGAUUGCUUACUUUCACGAGCAAUGUAGGAACAGAAUAAUACACUGCGACAUCAAGCCGGAAAACAUCCUCCUGGACGAGAAUUUCUGCCCUAAAGUGUCGGAUUUCGGGCUGGCUAAACUCAUGGGGAGGGAGCACUCCCAUGUUGUGACUAUGGUCCGAGGAACCAGAGGUUACCUGGCUCCGGAAUGGAUCAGCAACCGCCCCAUUACAGUAAAAGCUGAUGUUUAUAGCUACGGGAUGCUUCUUCUCGAAAUCAUUGGGGGGAGGAGAAAUCUUGACAUGAACUUUGACGCCGAGGACUUCUUUUUCCCAGGAUGGGCGUACAAGGAGUUGACAAAAGGGACGCCAUUAAGGGUUGCAGAUAGACGCCUACAAGGGACGGUGGAAGAAGAAGAGCUGACAAGAGCAUUGAUGGUGGCGUUUUGGUGCAUACAGGACGAGGUGGGAUCGAGGCCUUCAAUGGGAGAAGUGGUGAAAAUGUUGGAUGGAUCGGUGGACAUAAACACACCACCAAUGCCACAGACAGUGUUGGAAUUGAUUGAAGAAGGGCUAGAUCAUGUUUACAAAACAAUGAAGAGGGAGAUCAACCAGUUAAGCUCCUUCACCAUCACUAGCAUGCCUUCUUCUAAUGCUACAUGCAGUUAUUCCACAAUGUCACCUAGAUAAUGCAGGACAAAUGCAGAGACAAGUGUUCGUUGUGAUAGAAAUGAUUGGGUAAUGUUGCAACUAUAUAUAAAGAAAUCAAAUUCACAGGA